UUUUUUCUCCUUAAUUGCCACUCUCUCAUCUAUCAUACAAUUACAAACACCCUCUUCUCUUCUCUUCUCUACCUUCCCUUCUACAUCCUCCCUCUUCUCAUUUUGGUUAUGAAAGUUUUAAGCUUUUUUGGAGAAGAGGGGGUGGGUGGUUCAAGAUUUGUGAAUGUCACUAUGUCAGAGAAGAACACAAUCAUGAAGAGGCUAGCAGUGCUACUUUUGCUGUUGGUGUUCAGUCAUUGUAUAGUACAGAGUGAAGCUCAAUUUGAAGGAGAAUGCAAGUUCAAUAAGCAUUUGAAACCCAGACCUCACAGUGUGUCAGUAUUGGACUUUGGGGCUGUGGGUGAUGGAAAAACUAUUAAUACUGUCGCGUUUCAGAAUGCUAUUUUCUAUCUCAAGUCCUUUGCUGACAAGGGUGGAGCGCAGCUCUAUGUUCCUGCUGGAAAGUGGCUGACUAGAAGCAUCAAUCUUACUAGCCACCUUACACUGUUCCUGGAAAAAGAUGCUGUUAUUCUAGCAUCUGAGGAUUUCGAUCAUUGGGAUGUAGUUGAAGCUUUACCAUCUUAUGGCCGAGGUAUUGAGGCACAGUAUGGAAGAUACCGCAGCUUGAUCUCUGGAAAUAAUUUAACUGAUGUUGUAAUAACAGGCAAGGAAUCCUUCAUCGAGUGGUUUAUAGUUUUACAUUCCUCCUUAUUUUACCUUUAUGCAACCUGCUUAUUUCUUAACAAUUCUGCAGGUAACAAUGGAACUAUCGAUGGCCAGGGCUCUAUUUGGUGGGAGAAGUUCAAUUCCCAUUCCUUAAAUUAUACUCGACCUCACCUAGUAGAGUUUGUUAGCUCCAGAAAUGUUGUUAUUUCAAACUUGACCUUAUUGAAUGCUCCUGGUUGGAACAUCCGUCCAGCAUAUUGCAGUAAUGUGGUCAUUCAGAACUUAACGGUUUAUACUCCACAAGACUCCCCGUUCACCAAUGGGAUUGUCCCAGAUUCUUCUGAGCAUGUCUGCAUUGAAAACAGCAACAUUAGCAUGGGUUACGAUGCUAUCGUUCUUAAAAGUGGUUGGGAUGAGUAUGGGAUUUCCUACGGGAAACCUACCUCAAAUGUCCACAUUAGACGAGUGAGGUUACAGUCCGCUGCAGGUGCUGGUGUGGCUUUGGGUAGUGAGAUGUCUGGUGGUAUCUCCGAUGUGCUAGUAGAGCUUAGUUCCCUACAUGACUCCCUUUUCGGUAUUGAGCUGAAGACAGCAAGAGGAAGAGGUGGUUUCAUCAAAGAUAUUCUCAUUUCAAAUAUUGUUAUGGAUAACUUGCAAGUGGGAAUCAAGGCCACUGGUUACUCUGAUACGCAUCCAGAUGAGAAAUAUGAUCCUUCUUCGUUACCUACAGUUAGUGGAAUCACCUUUGAGGACAUUGUUGGUACAAAUAUCUCGAUAGCAGGCAAUUUCACCGGGCUAUCUGAAUCUCCCUUCACUUCUAUAUGUCUAUCAAAUAUCUCUAUCUCCAUUUCAUCUGACCCUUCUACACCAUGGUUAUGCUCUAAUAUAUCCGGCUCUUCUAAAAAUGUGUCUCCUGAACCAUGUCCCGAGCUUCAAGGAUCAUUUUCCAGUUGCUUUGCUCUUCCAAACCCAUACACUGAAGUUGCAGUUUUAUAAUCCUACCCCGAUUGGAACUACUAUUCAUUCAUUAAACCUGAACAACGAGGUACAUAUCGUGUUCUGGUUCUGGUGUACAAUCUUCCAAUAAGAUGCAAGUCAGAAUCUUCGGUCUCAUGGUUUACCAAGUCAACGUCAAAAAACUCUGGUGAGCAUUCUCUUCAACGCAGCAGCAGAUCGUUCCUGUGUACAGCAUCAGUUUCUUUUAUUCAUGUGUAAGAAAAGUUUUGGUAGUUCAGUAAAUUCAGAUACGUUGUUCCUUCUCGUGUCAUUCUUCAUUUGAUUUUUUCUUUUUACGAAAUUGCCUUACAUUUGUAAAUUGGGUUUAUGGAGACUGCAGUAAGAUUGGUUAAAUGCUUAUAUGGUUGAAGGGGUGUUAUUGUUGAUUGUCAUUGUUGCAAUAAAAGUUCUAGCCAUUUCAUUUAAA